GAGUGCCCUUUUCUAUUCCCGAAUCGAGCCGAAGAAACCCUAGCGCCCAAAUCACUGCUUCUGCGACUCUCGGCGUCGAUCCCAGAUGGCGGAUUCUCCACGCAAGAGGGUCCGGUCUAGAUCAAGAUCCCAUUCCCGAUCAGUCUCCAGGUCCAGGUCUAGGGGUAGAUCACCAUCCAGAUCCCUGUCCCCACGUCCAAGAUCUCGGUCAAGAUCUGGAAGUCGCGGCAGGACUGAUGCUGUCAAUCCUGGAAAUACACUUUAUGUGACUGGCCUAUCUACUAGAGUCACAGAAAGGGAUCUUGAAGACCACUUUUCCAAGGAGGGAAAGGUUGUUGAUUGUCGUCUAGUUGUUGAACCUCGGACCCGCAUCUCUCGUGGAUUUGCUUUUGUGACCAUGGAUACUGUCGAUGAUGCUGAUCGCUGUAUAAAAUAUCUCAAUCAGUCAGUAUUGGAAGGGCGCUAUAUAACUGUGGAGAAGUCAAGGAGGAAAAGGCCACGGACACCAACUCCUGGGAACUACCUUGGUAUGAAAAGCACACGAGACAGCAGCUACCGUAGCAGGUACCGUGGAGGCGUUGGGCGUGAUGACUAUGGUGGUGGUGGUGGGUACCGCAGAUCUCCUAGGCGUUCACCCUAUCGUGGUGGGCGUGAAUACUCUCCUCGUCGUUCACCAUACGGUGGUGGUAGAUCCAGAAGGGAGCGGUCAAGAUCCCUUCCCUACUCCCCAUAUGGAAGUCCAGACAGGGGUGGUUAUGGUCGCCGCUCCAAUGUGUACGCCAGGUAACAUUGUGGAUGUGUUCUCUAGGGCUGGGGUGCACAUUGUGUUAGGAGAAACCGUAUUUAGACUCUUCUUUGCUUGAACUAGUGGACUGUUUGGAUGGUCUGAGUGCUUUAAUACUUCAUGCAGUUAUUUUCUUUUAUGUUUGGAAAGCUCCUCCUUUGGAGGUUUCUCCAAACAAGAUCAUGACUAGGUAUCUGUUACUCAUCUUAAUGUUCAAUGCUUAACAUCAGUGUAGUUUGUGGGUUGCUUGCA